AUGGUCGCGGUUGCGUUAUCUCCAAGGCGCGCUAACUUAUACUACGGCAGUGUUUUCAAAGAAAGUUUUUCGCGGCAUUGCCGCGCGGGCGGGCGGCGCGGCCACGUGCACGGUGUAAACACUUCAACGAUACGACUAAUAUCAAAACAAAGUUCAAUUUACAAAGAGGCGGCACGGACGCGACGCGAGACAGUCGCCGGGUACGGACGCUGCGAACGUUUACUAGCAACUGACAGCCUUCCCGAAGUCGCCUUCGGGGGCAUGACUUCAAUAACAAUUCGCAACGUCGUCCCCCACCGAGGCGUAAGUGCGAGCGAGAGCGUAGCG